CGGCGGCGGCGACUGCUCUUUCACCAUAACUAGUGCUGGCCCGAAGAUACCCAACCCGAAAAGGUCUCUGACGAAGAUCAUCGAUUAGUCGGCGUAGUUUAGGGUUUCCAUCUGGUCACGGUUUCAUCAUCCACCAUCGACAAUGGGCUCUUCGGGGGUCGCGAUGUCGGUCGAUGAAAAAUACGCGCUGAUCACCCGCAACCUCCAAGAAGUCUUAGGGGAGGAGCGCAUAAAAGAUAUCCUGAAAGAGCGAGACCUGAAGAUUUACUGGGGGACCGCCACGACUGGAAAGCCUCAUGUGGCGUACUUCGUCGCGAUGACCAAAAUCGCCGACUUCCUAAGAGCUGGGUGUGAGGUGACUGUGCUCUUCGCUGAUCUCCAUGCUUAUCUGGACAACAUGAAGGCUCCAUGGGAGUUGUUAGAACAUCGAGUGAAAUACUAUGAGGCUGUGAUCAAGGCUAUGUUGGAAUCUAUCGGCGUACCUCUCGACAAACUGAAAUUCGUUCGUGGCAGUACUUAUCAGCUCCAGAGAGACUUCUCCCUAGAUGUAUAUCGACUUGUUUCAAUGGUGACAGAACAUGAUGCGAAGAAAGCCGGGGCCGAAGUAGUCAAACAGGUGGAGCACCCACUCCUGUCCGCAAUGCUCUAUCCACUUCUUCAGGGACUCGAUGAAGAAUAUCUGAAAGUUGACGCUCAGUUCGGAGGGGUCGAUCAACGGAAAAUUUUCACAUUUUCGGAAAAAUACCUCCCCGCUCUGGGCUAUGUGAAACGGAGUCAUCUCAUGAAUCCUAUGGUUCCCGGUCUGGCCGGAGGCAAGAUGUCGUCAUCAGAAGAGGAUUCCAAAAUCGACUUGCUCGACUCGGCUGCUAACGUGAAGAAGAAACUUAAGAAAGCCUUCUGCGAACCGGGCAACAUAGACGACAAUGGUCUCACUGCGUUCGUUAAACAUGUGCUUUUCCCCAUUUAUGAUGGAAAGAAUGUCGUCCUGCACAGAAACCCAGAAAAUGGAGGUGACAUCACUUACGAAAAUUACGACGCCCUUGAGAAAGACUUCGCGGACUUGAAGUUGCAUCCCGCAGAUUUGAAAGGAUUUGUCGAGGGGGAAAUCAACAAGCUCUUAGAACCUAUCCGCAAGAAAUUUGAGACCUGUCCUGAAAUGGCGAAAAUUUGCAAAGACGCAUACCCACCGCCAAGCAAGAACGCACCCGCCGCAGAGGAAACGAGCCCCUCUUUGCUUGAUAUCCGCGUCGGAAAAAUCGUCGAGAUCGAUAAUCAUCCCGACGCCGAUGGACUUUUCGUGGAGAAAAUCGACCUCGGAGAGCUGCAACCUCGAACAGUUGUGUCGGGCCUGCGAGGGAAAGUGGAACGUGACGUCCUGCUGAACUCUCUCGUUAUCGUUCUCUGCAAUCUGAAACCGGCGAAAAUGCGCGGUGUAGAGAGCAAAGGGAUGGUGCUCUGUGCAAGCACCCCGGAUAAGGUCGAGGUGCUACGCCCACCGACAGACGCCAAGGUUGGCGAUCGUGUUCUCAUUGAAGGUUACGAAACUCUACCUCCUGGUGGAAUUCCUGACGUAUUGAAUCCUAAAAAGAAGCAUUGGGAAAAGCUCUCUGUCGAUAUGAAAGUUUCGAGCUCUCUAACGGCUGAAUACGGCGGUAAUGCUUUCUUGGUCAACGGAAACCCUGUGACCGCAGAAAGCCUCAAGGGAGCUCCGAUUCGAUGAAUGCGCACUCCUUCUCAGGGUUUCAGGUAUUUAAUAAACUUACUCGCACCGGAA